GGCGGCUGCGGAGGAACUCGACUCGCAGCGUCCGUGCUCCCACUCCAGCUGAAGCCGAAGCUGCAGCCCGCUCCGGGCCGGGGCCAUGGGCGCCCUGCGCCGCUCGGGUCAUGAGGACGGAGGCGGAGGCAGCGGGGUCGCCGCUGGAGCCGGGAGACUUUGUGCAGCUGCCUGUGCCCAUUAUCCAGCAGCUCUACCACUGGGACUGUGGCCUGGCCUGCUCCAGGAUGGUGCUGCGGUACCUGGGCCAGCUGGACGAUGGUGAGUUUGAGAAUGCCUUACAGGAGCUGCAGCUGACCAGGAGCAUCUGGACCAUCGACCUGGCCUACCUGAUGCGCCACUUUGGCGUGAGGCACCGCUUCUGUACCCAGACCUUGGGCGUUGACAAAGGUUACAAGAACCAGUCCUUCUACAGGAAGCACUUUGAUACAGAGGAGACCCGGGUGAAUCAGCUGUUUGCACAAGCCAAAGCCUGCAAGGUGCUGGUGGAAAAAUGCACGGUGAGCGUGCAGGACAUCCAGGCGCACCUGGCGCAGGGCCAUGUGGCCAUCGUGCUGGUGAACUCGGGGGUGCUGCACUGUGACCUGUGCUCCAGCCCCGUCAAGUACUGCUGCUUCGCCCCCAGUGGCCACCGCUGCUUCUGCCGCACCCCUGACUACCAGGGCCACUUCAUCGUGCUGCGCGGCUACAACCGGGCCACCGGCUGCAUCUUCUACAACAACCCAGCCUAUGCUGACCCAGGAAUGUGCAGCACCAGCAUCAGUAACUUUGAGGAGGCCAGAACCAGCUACGGCACGGACGAGGACAUCCUCUUUGUCUACUUGGACAGCUGACAGCAGCAACCUGGUGUGGCCAGGCCCUCGGACCCCAACCCCACCCUAUCCUACCCCACCCCCAGCAAGCCCACUCAGGAUGCCCUGGCCCAGGCCUGGGGCUGCUGGUGCUGGGAUGCAGAGCUGCAGCCUCAGCCUGUCUGACAAAACCCCAGGGAACUCUGAGAGACUGUGGCACAGCUGCUGCAUCCACCAGUGCUGUGUGUUGUCAUGCCGCUUACCCCAGAGUGCCUGCUGGUUGCUGGAGGCAUCCCCAGAGCAUCCAAAGGGAGUCUUCCCUAGGACCCCAAGCCUGACUCCAACUGUGCCCAGGGGAAUUUCAGCCCCGAGGGUGCCCUUGUUGCCUUUGAGCUGGACCCAAGGUGAGGGGAGAAGCCUGAGCUGGUCUCCUCACAGACCUUGCGACUGAGUCCUGGAGAGAGAGGUUGUUUGACCCAGUGUCACUUGGCAGGACAGCAUCUGCUUGUUUGGAUACAGCAUAGCCAAACUCAAACCUCUGUGGGCUGCUCCAAGCCCCUCUCUUCUGGGAGUUCUGUAGACGCCCCUAUGCCCCGUGGGGGAUGCUACCACCACCUCCUGCCUCCCACUGGGCCCAGGUUUCUGUGGCUGGAUUUUGAGGGCUCUGACCUCUGCCACGUGGCAUGGACACACCUCACAGCCACUCCACCCUGAAGAGCCCUGGCUCCUGGGGACUCUGAGGUUUCUGGAAACCCUCCAGGUACUCCAGCUCUGUAGGGGAAGGGCCCUUGGGGCAUGGGGUGGGCCCAAGCUCUGUUGGUAUGCUCUAGGAAUAAAAAGCUGCCCAGGCCCCAAGGAGCCCCUACACCCAUGAGGCCUUCUGACACCAGCCUAACUCCAGACAGUGAGACCCAUCCUCAGAGUGUGGGGAGCCCCAAGUCUCUCGACACUGGGUGCUAGGACGUGCACUCCUGAAGGAAAGGCAGGGGACAGCCUGUGGUCUCCUGCCUACCCUGGUCCUCAUGUCAGGACCUUUUGCACAGAACACUGGGUCUCUUCUGUCUUGAUCAAGAAAGGUGGUGCCCACCCAGGAUCACACAACACAGCAAGUAGCAGAGACUGGAGUUAUUUCCUUCCUCUUUUUUUUUUUUUAGUUGGGUGAGAGGUAUUUGUUUUUUUGAGAUUUAAGUUUCUAUUCUAUUUUUUUUUUUUUUUUUAAAGAUGACCGGUAAGGGGAUCUUAACCCUCGACUUGGUGUUGUCAGCACCACGCUCAGCCAGUGAGCGAACCGGCCAUCCGUAUAUGGGAUCCGAACCCGGGGCCUUGGUGUUAUCAGCACCGCACUCUACCGAGUGAGCCACGGGCCGGCCCUCUAUUCUAUUUUUGACAGGUGAGAAUCACCUUCAAGUGAAACAAUAAUAGUGAGAUUGCAGGUACUUUGGAACCACUAACGCCUCUUUUCACAGGGCAGUUAAGCCAGCCCGAGUUCUUUUUCAAAGAGAAAGGGACUCGGCUGCAGUCUGAGUGCCAGACCCUUCACCUUAUAGACGAGGAAGCCGGCCUAGGCUGGGGUGAGUCUGCCCAGGACAGUGGUGGAGCUGGGUCUAGAACCUAGGUCUACACCUAAAAAAUAAGGGAAAUAGAUUAUUCCCAAAGGGGCUGGGGAUACCCACCCCAUAUGGGCUAUCUUUGGCAAAGGCACAGGGGGAACCCCAACAGCGACACCAUGCCUGAACUUCUGGGUCUUGGUCUUCCAGUGCCCAAGACAUGGCAUAGCGGCAGCUGCUGCCCCUCCCCACCAGCUGGCCCCUCCCCCAGCAUGGUGGCUGUGAAAGACAGAGGUGGGCUCUGCUUAUGAGGUUUGUCAGGCCACCCAACCACAUUGUUCCUGAACACCAGAUGCAGCCUUUGGCUGAGGGAGAGGCGCAGUUAGGUGGGCUGCCACCCUGGGUCUCAGAGACUAGUGUUGGCUCUAGACUGGUCUCAUCUCCAUUGCCUUAAUGCUGGGUGGCCUAAGAUCCCAGGGAGUUCUGGCUGCAAGCGAGGAGUACCACACGUGGCAGCUGUGGGGUGUGGGCAUCCUCAGGAGAGGUUCAGGUAAAAUUGUGACAAUAGCUGUAUGAGAGAAACUGAGGGGAGGAAGUGAAGCUUUCAAGAUGGCUACAUGUGAAUGAGACAAUACACACACUGUGGGGGCUGUCAUGAGGAGUGACCCCUUCGGAGACUGGUCGGAGCACCUUAGUCCAGUCAGGACAGUUAGAAACACUCAGUCCCAGGGCUCGGGGAAUGGCUGCUCAGGGCAAGCCACAAAUUAGAGGUCACCUGUCUGUAAGAUUAGUGAGAAGGCUACCUGCCCCCAAGACCCAUCUGCCUAGGGAGAGUCACGGAGGCAGGACACAAGCAACACUUGCAUUCUUGCACAAGUCAUGAAAAUGGGCUGGAGAAAGAGGCUGGACAUUAGGGACUUCUGCCUACAGCAUGUGGCACCCACGACUUCCCAGCCUGUCCACAUGCUGGGGCUCAGAACAGCCUCUGAAGCCACGCAAGACAGCUGGCUUUGUUCACUCUAGCCACAGGGGGAUGAAAGGGAUCUUUUGCAUUGCAGAGAUUUUAUACAUAAAUAUAUUUUGUUUGUAAUGAGCCAUUCUCAAUAAACGUUCUCACUGUAAAA